UGGACGGGGGCGCGCAGGGCCGCUUUGGACGCGUUGUCCCCACCCCCCGGAAUUCUCAGCGAGCGUCCGUUUCCGCGGAGGGAGAGGCGGAUCGGGCCGGGCAGGGGGCGAGCACGGGGUUUGGGGUGCGCGCUGCCUCUCUCAGGAGGAGACGUGUACCCGGAGCAGCUCCCCCUCGCUCUGCUGCCAAGCGAGGCUUCCGGUCAGCCGAGGGCUCUCUCCGUCUCUCCGUGAACUUGAACAGAGGCAGAGGCGAAGGCGAAACGUAUAUUCACCGGCCGGGCGUGCCCGUUGGUGGAGCUCAGCGACGGCGGAGCUGGUGACCCUGAGGCAGGACCCACAGCCACGGGGCCCCGUGGCCGGGGAUGUGUGAUGCUGCCACCCAAGCAUCUGCCGGAAUCAGGGUGGGAGGACCGGGGAGCCCGGAGGCACGCAGGCUGGUGCCAGGUGCGGGGAUGAGGCCGCUGGGGGCCCCGGCCUCCCCUGCCAUCGGGUGCUAGGAGCCGUGCCCAGGCUGCAGCCGGGAGCCCCGCCGCCCGGGGGCAUGGCCAAACCCCUCUUCCGCCUGCAGAAGCUUCUCCUCCGAACGCAGUUCCUGCUCUUCUUCCUCACGGCCGCCUACCUGAUGACGGGCAGCCUGCUGCUGCAGCGAGCCCGCGUGGCCCUCCCACCAGGGCCCCGAGCGCCCGGCCCCCUACAGGCCCUGCCUGUGGCCGCUGUGGCGCUGGGCGUGGGCCUGCUGGACAGUGGGGCGCUGCAGGCCCCCCGCGUCAGCCCGGAGCUGCUGCUCAGCGUGGAUGUGCUGCGGAGGCCCCCGGCCCGGCCCCGGCCCGGCCCCCGUGGGCUCUGGAGCCGGAACUCAGAGCUGCCCCCGCUGAGGCGUCGCCGCUGGUUCCACCACCUCGCGGGAGACACCCAGGGGCCGCCCGCCCCGGGCCCUGAGGCCCCUAGGCCCGCAGCCAGCAGCCGAGGUACCUACGUCGGCUGCUUCAGCGACAGUGGCCGCGACAGAACACUGAGGGGCACCGUGUUCUUCGAUUUGAGAAAGAUGACUGUGUCCCACUGCCAGGACGCGUGUGCUGAGCGGUCCUAUGUGUACGCGGGCUUGGAGGCUGGGGCUGAGUGCUACUGCGGGAACCGGCUGCCGGUGAGGAGCGUCCGGCCAGAGGCGUGUAACCACGAGUGCAAAGGGGAGAAGGGCUCCGUGUGCGGGGGCGUUGGCCGGCUGUCCGUCUACCGCGUGGAGGACCUGCAGCUCGGCUCCAGGAAGCGGAGGACCGUCACGUACCGCGGAUGCUUCCGACUGCCGGAGAACGGCACCCACACCUUCCCCGACUCCCUGACGCAGGCCAAUGCGACGGUGGACGCGUGCUCGGGAUUUUGUUCCCAGAAAGAGUUUCCACUGGCCAUCCUGCGGGGCUGGGAGUGCUACUGUGCUUACCCCACGCCUCAGUUCAGCCUUCGGGACGCCGUGGACAGCUCGCUGUGCGGCCAGGAGCCCGAGGCACGGAGCCUGGCCCAGUACUGCGAGGUCUACCAGACGCCCGUGCAGGACACUCGCUGCACGGACAGGCGGUUCCUGCCCACCAAGUCCAAGGUGUUUGUGGCUCUGUCAAGCUUCCCGGGAGCCGGGAACACGUGGGCACGGCACCUCAUCGAGCACGCCACAGGCUUCUACACGGGGAGCUACUACUUUGAUGGGACCCUGUAUAACAAGGGGUUCAAGGGCGAGAAGGACCACUGGCGCAGCCGGCGCACCAUCUGUGUGAAGACCCACGAGAGCGGCCGGAGGGAAAUCGAGAUGUUCGACUCGGCCAUCCUGCUGAUCCGGAACCCAUACAGGUCCCUGGUGGCCGAGUUCAACCGCAAGUGUGCCGGGCACCUGGGCUACGCGGCCGACCGAAACUGGAAGAGCAAAGAGUGGCCGGACUUCGUGCGCAGUUACGCGGCGUGGUGGUCCUCACACGUGCUAGACUGGCUGCGGUACGGCAAGCGGUUGCUGGUGGUGCACUAUGAGGAGCUGCGGCACAGCCUGCUGCCCAAGCUGCGGGAGAUGGUGGCCUUCCUCAAUGUGUCCGUGAGUGAGGAGCGGCUGCUGUGCGUGGAGAACAACAAGGAGGGCAGCUUCCGGCGGCGCGGCCGGCGCCCCCACGACCCUGAGCCCUUCACCCCCGAGAUGAGGGCGCUGAUCGACGGCUACAUCCGGACGGUGGACAAGGCGCUGCGUGACCACGGCGGGGCCGGGCUGCCGGGCGAGUACGUGCCCAGAUGACGGCCCGGGCGCUGCCCCGCAGCCUCGCUGGGGCCCAGCUGCUGGAGCCGCCACAGGUCCCCUCUGUGCUCACAGACACGUCUGCACGCUUGUGGGCCACGCGGGCUGGGCUGGACCCUUUCAGACCUGCAGACGCCGGCCUGCCCGUGCACGCUGCGCUCCCAGUCCGGCUUCCUGUUUCGCGCUGCAGACUCGCUGCCAGGGUCCCCGCCCCCGGACGCAGGGCUAGGUGGGCAUUGGCGCCGUGGGCAGCGAGCACCCCAGCGUGGGCAUGAGCUCACGGAUGCUGCUGGACCCCGCGACCCUGACGGCACAUCAGAUGCCCCAUGAACACGUGUAGCGUGGCCACCAGGCAUCCCGGUGCGCAGCUCUACGUUUCCCUUCUCUGCAAACGGGCUGGCAGCACUCGACAGAGUCGACCCCCCACCACCGCUGCACACUGACCUCAGGACCUGCCACAGCUCUGUGCACCCCCCACCCUGUCCAACGGCAGCACUCCUUGGAGGGGCCCCCUUGCCUCGCCUUUCCCUCCCGUGUCCCAGAGGCGGGGUGUGAGGGAGAGGGGGCAUGGGGCCAGAGGGGCUGGCCUCCAGGGGAGCCCUGGACCCAAGGGGCACACAGGCCUGCAGGGGGGGCUUGGGGUGCACGUGGGGAGACCCAGGAGGGACGGGUCUUGGGGAUCACUUGGCCCCACCCAUCUUGGCCAUGUCCCCCAUCCACACAACCCUCGAGGGAGGGGCCAUGGCCAAACCCUCAGUGUUCACCCCCCGCCCGGUCCCUGGGGCUCGUUACCACGCCCUCUGUCUCUGCGUGAGGUUGAUGUCUUACUCACUCACCCCUGGAGGAAGGGCCCUCAUGGACGCCGCAGCCUGCUGUGUGCUAGCCCGCUGGUGUGUGUGUCGGGGGGAGUGGUAGGAAGGCCCCCCCGCCCCAGCUCGCAGCCUCGGGGGGCAGGGGAGGCUGAUCACAAACAGGAGUUAACCCAGGAGCAGAGGAGUGUGCGUGCGCUCAGGGUCUCCAUGCCCUGGUCCGGAGAAAUCUGUAGGAGCUUCCCCAGCGGAGCAGAGGGAAGGGCAUUAAGGCAGAGAGAACAGUGUAAGCCAAGGCUCAGAGGCUUGGAGAACGGGUGUGGGGCGUGUGUGUCUGAGUCUGUGCAGCCGGGGAUGGGGUGGUGGGUGAGGACAGAGGUGGGGACACAGAGGGACAGUCCUCACGGUGGCCUGGUGCUCAGCCUGGAGGGACAGAGCUCCCUUCAGAAGCCGACCCUCGGGUUCAGAACGAGGCCGUGCAGACCAGGGCUCCGGUCUGGGGGUGGGGGUGGACCCCUGCGAGGUGGGUGAUGGUGGGUGGGCCCCUCGGCAGCUUCUCCAGGCUUCGGGUGACCGUGGCUGGGCCCCUUGGUCUGACCUCCCGCGACCUGAGCCAAGCUGCACCAGGGGAAGUAAACGGGGAGAGGUUUGGGGAAACCGGCAUUGGAAUGUCCUGACUCUGCACCCCCCGUCAGCUGCAGGAAGCCGUGAGCCACCACAGUGAGGGCAGGUGGCUGGGGGGCCCAGCGGGCUGCCCUUCUUCAGAGGGAGGCCUCCACACCCGUCGGCUCCGCCAAACCCACGCUGGUGCUGAGCCUGUCCGGGCCCUCCCACAGCCGCUCUCGGCUUAACGCUGGAAACGCCGGGUCUUGCUAAAUGUUUAUUGGCACGGCUCUGGCUCCGCCAUUGACGCUGGGACGGCCCCUCAUAAAGCGGUGUCUCUGGUGUCGUAGGAAGAGGUGAGACCUGCCGCGAGGCCCCACCUGCUGUGGAAGGCGGCCCAAGGGACACCUGCGCCCCCCAAGCAACCCUAGAGUCUCGAGGGGAUGGAGGGCCGGAUGCUGGCUGCCUCCUGAGAUUGGCUCCCAGAUCUGGCCCUCACUCUUCCCGGCCGCCCGGGAGACUUCGGGGAGAAAACCCGGACUCCAGGGAGGCUGGGAAGGGCAGAGGUGCGGCUGCAGGGCCAAUCCACGCUGGCCCUCAGGCCUUCCACUCUCCUGCCCACCCUGGAGUCAGGACAGCAACAGCCUGCGCCUCACCCCGGUAGAUGGCUCAUUUCCUGCUGCCAGGUGCCCAGAGACCUCCCUUCCUUCCCGGGGGAGAGCUAGCUGCUCAGACAGCCUGGCAGCUUCCAGGGCACCUCAGCCAGACCUGCAGAAGAACAGAACGACGGGGUCAGCCUGCACCGGCUCACACUGAGUCCGUGCACACAGUUGGGCGCCCGACACGGGGAUGGUGCUCCUGGGUGUCCGAUGAGCAAGGACGUGCAAAGGCCCUGCUGCUGAUUCUCCGCAGCCGUCACCACGGCCUGCCCCUGGGGGAGAGCCUGGAGGCACGGGAAAGGGCUCUGGCUGUCCAUUUGUCUCUGGAAGUGAGGCCUCCUCAAGCUCUCAGCUUCCCCAUCAAGCCUCUGCCGCCCCAAGCAGCCAGGGAGCAAAAGCCAGUGUGAAUUUGGGGGAGAAUUGUGGCAAAACCCUACUUCCUGCAGAUUCCACCUUUAAUGACGAGGCUGUGAAAUCACAUAAACCUGUGUUAAGACGUGUAAUCUCCAUGGUUUUCAUCUCCCGUUGUGGAUCAAUUUGGAAACACCAAAAUAUAUAAUUUUAAAAACCUAAAACACAUUUUUGAUAAUCCCAGUGAUGUGUAAAUGAGACAGAAGAAUAGACAGGCUUCCAGACCCCGGGAAGAAAGCUGCUUAAUUAUGUGAGCAUCUUGUAAUGAAGCCUCUUGCAGCCAAAAUUAGAUCCUGAGCGCAUGAAUAUGUGAUAAUGUUUGUACACCAGAAUGCAUUUUCCCCUUAAAAUGUGGCAGGAGCUCCUUGGUUCUUGGGGGACCCUGGGGGUGGGGAGAUGGGAGUGCUUGGGGGGGUCCCCGUGGCUGCAGGAAUGCUUGGGGCACAGGCGUGUUUUUCUGCGGCUGGAAAAUCCCCAGGGGUCUAGCAGGAAACUGAUGGGUCUGGGGCCACACUGCUCACCGCUCCCAACAGGACCAGUUGGCCUGUACAAGGCGGAAAUGGAAUGGAAGGCAGACUGCGAGCUGGGCAGGACCGUGCCCCCCUGUUCCCACCCCCGUUUCCUUCCCCAGCAGCCCUGGUCUCCAGGGGUUGGGGGGGAUUCACGUUCAUCACCAUCUCUGCGGUGGGGCCCCCGGCUGGACAAAGCCAACGGCUCCUUCCGUCUCUGGCGAUGGGUAGGUUCAGGGAUGGUCCUGUGAGCUACAGGGGUGUGGCCGGAGGGCAUCUCAGGCCGUUGGGAACGUGCGCUGCUGGUGGGAGGGGAGGUCGGCGGCCCUGGGUCUGCAGAGGGGCCCACCCUCCGGUGACACUGGUUCUGCCGCAGGGGCGGUCGGGGGCACAAGGAGCCAGGAACUUGGCAUUGUUAAGAACGCUCAAGCUUUGCCUGCGAUCAGCCUUCCCUCUGGACGGUUUUGUUACAUGAGCCAAUAAAUCCCCUGUUCCCCUCGGGUUCAGUCAGGCUUUUGUCCCUUACGGUCUGCAGGCUUGGCGCCAGGUUCUGUCCGUCUGUGGUUGAUGGAGAUGGAGGCUGAGCCUCGGCCCAGUUCAAGCUGGGGGGCCCGGGACGGUGCCUUUUCCUGGAGCAGAGACCUCAUACCGCAUGCGCCCCGGUGGGGGGAGAGAUUUGGCUUCUGAGCUGAGCGGCCCAAAGCGCAAGCCCUCUACUUCACAGACGAGGGACCUGGGACUCCCGUGAGGUCACCCUGGAAGGACGGGCAUGCAGAGCGAGGGCGGGAACGCGGGCUCCUUCCGCGAAACCACCUGACCGCCCUUCUGCUGCAUCCCUGUAAGUCUUGGAGGCGUCGCCACAGACGGGGCAAGUGUGCAGAGCCAGCUCAUUUGGAAGCGACCCCAUUAAUCUCACUGCUGGUUCCUUGCCAGAAUACACUUUGGUGGGUGCCCGAGGUCAGCGCCGAGGGCCAUUUUAUCAGAGCGUAGCCAGGACUUGAAGACCUGCCCAGACGGAGCAGGGAGAGGGACUGUGCCCGGGUAUUCAUCCUCCGUCCCGGGCAUCCCAGACGCAGAAGGGUUCUGCUCCCCCGGGGGGUUCACCUGCAGGACGGGCGGGCGCGCCCCCGCCAUCGUGGGCCAGCCCUCCUGACCAGGAGACAGGCACCCGGUCACCCCGGACUUUGGCACCAGGUUCCUCAGUGAUCUCACCCCCGCAGUCUGAGCCCCGCACCCGGCUGACGCGGUGCGGUUGGCCAGAGGUUGAGAUCACACCCCAGCAGCAUCAGCUGGGCCACUUCUCCUUUGCCAUGUGGCAAGUUGCCACGAACCCAGCAGCUCAAGGCCACCGCCAGGCACCCUCCCCGGCACCCGUGGGUCGGGCAUCCGGGUGGACCUCCGUGGGCCGCCCGCCAUCAAGGUGGUGUUCCCGCUGGAGGCUGGACUGGGGAUGUGUCUGUGCCCAGUCUCACCCCCAUUUCUGGCAGAAUUGAGUUUCUGUGGUUGUAGGACUGAGGCCCUCAGUCCCUCUGGCCCAUGCACAGUGCUGACAUGCUGUGGGCCUCUCAUAAGAAGGUCGCGAUGUCGCUGCCAGGAGGAGGGUGGCACGGGCUCCCACAUCGACUACAUGAUCCCGGGAAGGCCGUCCCGUCACUUUGCCGCAUCCACCAGACGGAAGCACGUCACAGCCCUACCCCCACUUGGGGGCGGGGGUCCCACGAAAGCACGAACCCCAGGAGGUGGGGAUCCCUGGUGACCAACUCGGGGUCUGUCCACCACAACACCCAUGUGGGAAAAGCCCAAAAAUCCAUACUUUCUGCUCCCCACCGGUCUGCACUGAGUGUGGUGUGUGUUCGGGGGCGUCGUCUGGGGGGGGGGUCUGGUUACACCCACGUCACCACGAGUCAGGGCCGCAUCCCCAGUCCACAGUGGCCACUCUGUACUCUUUUUAUUUUUUUUAUUUUUUAAAGGUUUUAUUUAUUUGACACAGAGAGAGACACAGCGAGAGAGGGAACACAAGCAGGGGGAGUGGGAGAGGGAGA